AUGGAGCUGUCCGCCCUGCUGGACCCCGAAUGCCCGUUUAUCAGACCCGUUAUUCCCUGUCUGGCAGUCCGUGGUCAGCUCCGUAGCGCUCUCUGUGCGGAGCGGAGAGCCGUUAGAGAUUCAGCCGCUACUUUUCCGUUAGUUCAGUUUGUUAAAGAGUGCUGUGAUUGGUCGAGCUACGCAUUAGCCCCGCCCAGCUCCGUCACAUCGAAACCGAAAGUAGAGAUUUUCCUCAGCGCUGAGCAGCCGCGCCAUUUUGUGGAGGAGAGAGAAGCGGAGCUGCGGUCUGAAAGAGGAGCGUCUGAGUCUCAGAGGAAUUUCUGCUGUCGCAGCUUCACCCGAGGGCGCAAAAUGAAGUGUGUUUGGGUGAUGAUGCUGUUCCUCCACUGCGCUCUUUCAGAGAAGUUUAAGGUUGUGGGUCCAGAUGCUCCUGUUGUAGCUGCCCCUCUUUCUAACAUAAUUCUGGCAUGUUCUGUUCAACACUGGGAUGAUCAGACCAGUGUUAGUGCUGUUGAUAUGAACAUUAAAUGGACCAAAUCAGACCUUGAAGAUGCAGUAGUACAUUUUUAUGCUAAUUAUGGAGACAUCACCAUCAAGCAGAGUCCUGCAUAUAGAGGUAGAACUGCUCUGUUUGAAGAGGAGCUACAGAACGGCAACAUCUCACUGAGACUGACUAAAGUUAAUAUUCAUGAUGAGGGAGAGUACAGAUGUAGUGUUGAGUCCACAUUCUGGUACAGUGAUAUCACCUUUAAACUUACUGUUGAAGCUAUUGGAACUCCUCCAGUAAUCACUGUAGAGAGAUAUGAUGAGAAGUCUGAAGAGUUCACUUUACUGUGUGAAUCUAAAGGCUGGUUUCCUGAGCCUGAUCUUCAGUGGCUUGACAGUGAAGAAAAUAAUCUGACUGCAGGAGAUACAGAGUUACACAGAGGUGCUGAGUUUUUCAGUGUAAAACGUCGGUUCACUAUACAUAAGUGUCAUAUCGACACGUUCUACUGCAGAGUGACACUGAGAGAACACAUGAUGGAGGAAAAAAUCAAAGCUGAGGCCUUUUAUGAUCACCUGCUCAGACCUGCACGAACAGCUGCAAUUGUGGGUGGAGUCACUGCAGUUUUUUUUUUAAUUGUGAUUCUUGUUCCUGUAGUCAUUUAUUACAAAUAUAAAGAUAAAAAAAGAAGAUGGAAAAAAAAGAAAGAACUGAAAAGAGUUAAAUCUGCUUUUUGGAAGUCAGAAGAAGGGCAGCGUGAUGGCUCAUCAAUGUGGUCUCUUCUGCUGAAGUUAGAGGAGGAGCAGAGUGAUGACCCAACAGUGGAGAGGGGUUUUCUGAACCGCCUAAGAAAUGACUCACUACAGAAAUUAAAGGACCAUCUACAGAAAAUUAUGGAAACUCAACCUAGAGUUGUGCUGCGUAAUCUUGAUCUCACAGAGAAAAGCUGUGCAGUUCUGGCCUCAGCUCUCAGCUCAGAGAACUCAACACUGACAGAACUGGACCUUUGUGGGAAUGAACUGCUGCAGGAUUCAGGAGUGAAGAAGCUCUGUGAGGGACUGAAGAGUAAAAACUGUAAACUAGAGACACUGAGGCUGAGGACCUGCAGUAUUAAAGGUGAAGGCUGUGCUGCUCUGGUUAAAGCUCUGAAAUCAAACCCCUCAUCACACCUGACAGAGCUGGAUCUGAGCGACAAUAAGCUUGGAGAUUCAGCAGUGAAGAAGCUCUCUCUACUACUGAAGGACUCAGAAUGUAAACUGCAGAUACUACAGCUGGCUAUCUGCAAGAUUACAGAGAAAGGCUGUGAUGCUCUGAUUCAAGUUCUACAGUCAAACCCAUCACGCCUGAAAGAGCUGAAUCUGAGCUGUAAUAAACUAGGAGAUUCAGCAGUGGAGAAGCUCUCUAAACUACUGGAGGAUAAAGACUGUAAACUGGAGAAACUACACCUAAUUAAAUGUGAUCUCACAGGGAAUAGCUGUACACUUCUAGCCUUAGCUCUCAGGGCUAAGAACUCAACACUGAGAGAACUGGACCUGAGUAUCAACAGAGAAGUGGGGAAUCUCUGUAGGGGACUGAAAAAUACACACUGUAAACUGGAAAAACUGAGGCUUUUUGAUUGCCAUCUAACAGAGGAAAGCUGUGCAGACCUGGCCUCAGCUCUCAGCUCAGUGGACUCAACCCUGACAGAACUGAACCUCAGUAACAAUAAACUGCAGGAUUCAGGAGUGAAGAAGCUCUCUGAGGGACUGAGUACAAACUGUAAACUGGAGAAACUGAGGCUGGGAAACUGCAGUGUUACAGAUGAAGGCUGUGCUGCUCUGUUUAAAGCUCUGAAAUCAAACUCAUCUUACCUAAGAGAGCUGGAUCUGAAUUACAAUAAUCUAGGAAAGUCAGCAAUAAAGGAGCUCUCUGAUCUACUGAAGGAUCCAAACUGUAAACUGGAGAAACUACAAUUGUUUGAGUGCAAUAUUACAGAUGACCACUGUGAUGCUCUCAUUGAAGCUCUGAAAUCAAAGCCCUCACCACAGCUGAGAGAGCUUAACCUGAAAAACAAUAAUCUAGGAGAUUCAAAAGUGAAAAUACUCUCCGAUAUACAGAAGGAUUCAUCCUGCAAUCUGAAGAAACUACGGAUCUGAACACUCAGAUGCCGAACCUGAAGAGAUUCACACACACAGAGAUCUGAGGAAGCACUUCCUGUAAAUAAGUGACUGCACCUUUAGUGACCAAUCAAAUGUCAUAAAACCCAUAUAUGUGUAUAAUAUAUAUAUAUGUUAGACCAACAACACACACACACACACACACACA